UGUCCGUGCGGUGCAGCAGGUCGGUAGGCGGGAAAUGGCGACUGGCUGAAGGAGCUGGUUCUGUUGCUGUUGCGGGCUAAGCGGGAAAGACACCACACAUUGCGCGGUCGGGACUAUCGCCGGAACCUGAGGACACUUCUCUGUCGUCAUAGUUAAGUUUUACAUGUGGCUUCUAUAAAAGAUGAGGCUGAGAACACGGAAGACUUCUCAGCAAUCAAAUCAAAUCCAAACACAGCGCACUGCCAGAGCAAAAAGGAAAUACUCGGAGGUUGAUGAUAGCCUACCUUCAGGAGGAGAAAAACCAUCAAAGAAUGAAACCGGCUUAUUGUCUUCAAUUAAAAAGUUCAUCAAAGGAAGCACACCCAAGGAAGAGAGAGAAAAUCCUUCGAAACGGAGUAGAAUUGAACGUGAUAUAGAUAAUAAUUUGAUCACAUCAACACCAAGAGCAGGAGAAAAGCCUAACAAACAGUUAUCUCGAGUAAGACGGAAAAGUCAAGUAAAUGGAGGUUUGUUCAUAUUUAGAUAUUGUGUUUUUUAAAGGUGUAAGCAGAGAUCUCUCUGUCAUGUUCUUUGUUUUUAAAAAUCUACUUUGAGGUCAGAUUUGGUGGCAUAUGCUUUGUAAUCCCAGUUCUGUGAGGCUGAGGCAGCAGAAUUGUGAGUUUGAGGCCAGUCAGGGCUAUAUAGUGAGA